AUUUCAGCUUUUGUGGAAAUACGGUUCAUUUUUGUAAUACUGCAGACAACCUUAAUAAUCAAGACAGGGGAAACCUUUUCUUCAAUCAGAUGGCUGUAAUAUUUUUGCUACGAAACAAAGCAAAUUACUCAGAAAACGGUUUAAAAACUCAGACACAUUGGAGUUUCCUUCGAGUGGAAAUGUGUUGUGAACUAUAGUUUGGCACCAAAACGGAAGAUAGGAUAGCAGAUCGUACGCCACUGCAUUAACG